AUGGAGCGGAUCCAAAUUCGCAUGCCCCAGAACGGCGAACCAGCUUUAUGGGUGGCGGUGCAGCAAAAUAGAACCGAUAUUUGUCGUCUUCUACUAGCACACAAUGCAGAUCCAGACUUGAAAGACUUCGUGAUCGAACAAUCGACUCCAUUACUAUGCGCAACGAUGAACAGCAAUAUGGAUUUAGUCAAGCUACUUGUCGAUAAUGGAGCUGACGUGAAUAAGUCAGUAGGCCGCAAGUACACUCCAGUGUAUGGGGCUACACAUUCUCAGAAUACUGAGAUUGUUCAGUACCUUCUCUCUCACAAUGCAAAUCCAACUCUCGCCUGUUCACUUGGCUCGACCCCCAUGCACGUCGCAGCAUAUCAAGGAUCCUCAGAAAUAGUGCGGCUGCUUGCUGAGGCCAAAGCCGACAUUGACUACUGCGAGAAUAGUGCCUUGAUGUCAGCAAUUCAUAUCAUGUCCGAUUCCGCCGAAGUUCUCCGUAUUCUUCUCGAGUACGGUGCCGAUAUCAACAGAAAAGAUUCGGCCGGGCGUACGGCAUUAGACGCCGCCAUUGUCAAUAACCAUCCCAACAUCGUCAAACUGAUGCUUAGCGAAUCGAAAGUCAAGCCCGACUUCUCACGUGAAAGACUACUGGAGGCAGUCCGCAACGGCUACACUGAAGUCGUUUCCUUGGUUCUCGAGAGUGGUGCAGAUGUGAACAUGUUAGAUGAAGGCAACGCGUCGCUUACAGCUUUGGCUAUGCCACUUAAGGACGCCAGUAUGAUACGCACAGUCCUCGAAUACGGUCCAGAUUUGAGCAUUAUAGAUAAACGCGGGAACACAGCACUUCAUCGCAUCACAGCAAAUACUCCUGUGGAGUCGGUUCGGCGCGUGGUCAAUGCCGGUGGUCAACUGCAUGUAGGCUCCCUGAAUAAUGAAUAUGAGACCCCUCUCAUAAUAUCAAUUAGGGCCUGCAAUAUGGAAGUUUUCAGCUAUCUAAUGACCAAGAGCCUCGUGUCCGAUACCCUGAACAUCGCUUACUCCCCCAGAGAGGACAUGGUACAAAUCCUGAUCAAGAAUGGCGCGGACACCAACCAUGUUUGUCCCUCAGCAUACGGCACUCCAUUGAUAACAGCCCUCCAAAGACGGGGCAAAAAUAUUGACAAGUUGGUUGAAAAGAUAGUCAAGCUGCUUCUGGAACAUGGUGCCGUUCCAAAUCGUUUUGCAGGCUUUUUGGGAUUUCCCAUUAUAGCAGCCAGCAUAGCAUGCUCACCUAGUGUCAUCCAGUUGCUUCUUAGCCAAAAGGUUUCUGUCGACGUCACGGAUGCAUUUGGUAGAAAGCCAGCACAUUUUGCCUGUUACAACUCCCUUGAGGCUUUAAACAUCCUUGGGGUUCCAGAUUCAGACUUUGCUGUCAGAGACAUAGUCGGCAGGGUGCCUCUCCACUAUGCCGUGCUCAGAGGCCAGUUAGACCUUGUAGAAGAGGUUUUAGCACGCUCCAUGCGAGUUGGAGUUGGCAUCGACGUUCUUGAUUAUGAUGGCUGGACGCCACUCCUCUGGGCAGCGCGUGCCUCUAGAAUCUUCUCGUGCGAAGAAGAGCUACAGCGUCCGCAAUACGAUGCCGUGGUGUCGCUGCUCCUCAGCAAAGGAGCAGAUCCCAACGUACGCGGAGAUGGGCAAUGUAGGAACUGGUCAGUCUCUGAAGUUGCCUAUUAUCACGGCGCCGACAGCGCACGCAUCGCUCCCAAAGAUAGGUUUGAAAGCGCCGGUUUUGAGUGGAAUUCCAUAGUUGAAAUGCCGGGUUCAACUCGGUUGAAAUCUGCUCAAUCGCCAGAUGGAGAGGAUUUGUUGAAUGAGAAAGCGAAUGAGAGGAUCCAUUCUGAUGACGAAGUUAUAGAGGAAGAGGACCUGGUGCUCUGA